AUGCGUAAUGUUGGUAUAAUAUUAUUUUUAUUCGAAAAUUAUUUUAUUUUAAUAUUGACAGCUAGUCAUUAUGAAGAAAAAUUAAUUCGAACAUUAUUAAAUGAGGCUAAUUAUUCGAAAAAAGUUCGUCCAAGCAGUGUUGUCAUUAUUGAUUUUCGUCUGGUAUUUAAUCAAAUAAUUAACAUGAUUGAAAAAGAACAAAUUAUGGUAUCAAACGUAUUUGUUGAUCAAAAAUGGAUAGAUUCACGUUUAAUGUGGAAUCGAUCAGAAUAUGAUAAUCUCACAUUAUUAAGAAUACCAGCAUCGAUGUUAUGGUAUCCGGAUACAUUUUUGUAUAAUACAGCUGAUAAUACGGGAUACUUAAUACCACAAGAAUCGCAAAACAUGGUGAUUAAUAACGAUGGACUCGUCGUAUGGCCAAUGCCCUUGGCACAUUUAAGAACAAGAUGUCGAAUGGGUAUCAGACAUUUUCCAUUUGACGAACAAUCAUGCGAAAUGCUACCUGAUUAUGCACCAAAUAACGAAUGGAAGUUGCUUGCCGUGAAACAAACAAUAAGAGAACAAGAAUUUGCAAAUUGGAUUGAAAAGGAUCCAUUUUAUGAAAUUAAUUUUACAGUAUUAAUUCGACGAAAACCAUUACAAGCGAUAUAUAACACCGUUGUACCAGCCCUAAUGUUAACAAUUUUAACAUUAGUAUCAUUUUUUAUUCCAUUCGCACAGGAAAUGCAAAUAGGUAAAGUCAUAUUUGACACACAGUUUGUAGGUUGA